CGACACGUGAUGAACAGUUGAGUGAAGGAGAAUGCAACCCGUCAGUCGUCAGUCAGGUCAUGAGUUCCGUCCGUCCGCACGCACAGAGAGACAGAGGAAGGGAAGGCAGCAAGAUAUCGACACAGUGUGAUCUCAUCACGGGAGCUCUACACACGAAACACUAGGAAGGCAUCGAGCCGACGCAGCACUGGGUAGCUCAGCGCUCACAGGAUGUCCCCCUCACUCCUCAGAUACUCACCCACAUCCGCCUGCACACACGAGGCCAACAUAAACGAACAACACGGAAGACCGACGGACAGAUGCCUCUUCUCUGCUGCCCCUGUCCCUCACCUGAUGGAAGACGAUGAUAGCUUCUGGGUCCGCCGAUCUCAUCUCGGCAACCGACCGUGCCGUCACCCCAAACCCUGACGAAACGACACCAGCAGCCCACACACUCGUACACGUACGUGUAUGUGUGUCCAUCCAUCCCUCCGUGCACAUCCGUCUGGUCACCUAGAGGGAUAUCAUUCUGCGAGAGGAGCACCACGCCGGUGUUCUUUGGGCAGUUCUCCGUGAUGCGGGCAAGAUGACGCUGACACCAGAGAGGCCAGUUUAGUUUGUGUUGUGGGUCUGUCUGUCUGUCUUCCCUCAAUCGCUCACCUUGACAAUGUGGUUGCCGUAGACGAACGUCUGCUCCCCGCCCUGCUUCACCCACACCUUGUACUGAAUGAAGACGAAAUCGGAGGCGUAUGAGAUAUACAUUCGGCUAGCCACUAAUGAGUGCCUGCCUGGUCCUGACCUUGGCGUAUCUGGCGAGGUACUCGAGAGCCGUGAUGGUGAUGCGGAACUUGUGCGUCUUCGUGAACUUGCCGAUGCACGUACCGCACGACAACUGCACUCACACACACAGACACACACACACACAGAUCAACACACAUAAGCCAACCACCGUGUUGUGUUGAUUUCUUCCCUCCCCCUUCGCUCACGAGCUCCUUCCUCGGUACGCAUGCCGCCAUCUUCAACAACGACUCACUGAUUGACAGCAGGACAGACACACACACCGAGAAGAGGACCAGAUGAGAGAAUUCAUGUGACUGACCAGGCCAGCCAGACACCGCCCUCCCCUCGUCCCCCUUUCUUCUCACCUGCAGUAGUAGACUCUGUCUUUGUGUAGCCGGAACACAUAGGUCUCGUCAGGCCGCUCCACCAGCUGCAUCACGUUCUCACCGAUGCUGCAUCAUCCACACACACACAGACAGAAACCAGCCAAAACCGAUGAGUCAUUGUGGUGCCAGUGCAUCCGUCGCUUCGUCCUCACUAUUUGGCAAGCUUCUCGAAGACGGCAGUGGUCUCUUCUUGCGUCAGAGGCCGCAUCUCCGCUGAUGUCGAGAUGGUUGAAUGGAAUCGAUGAAAUCACGCAGAUCUUGGAGAAGCCUUGAACUGUGUCGUGAAUGCUGUCGUUCACAGGGUGUUGAAUGAGGAUUCAGA